UAUAGGGCCCUGCACAGUGUAGCUCCAACUUACUUAAGUGAUCUUCUUCUUUCUUAUCACCCCAGCAGGUCCCUGAGGUCCUGUGACCAGGGGUUGCUGGUUGUCCCGUAUACAAGGUUAAAAACAAAAGGUGACAGAGCGUUUGUAUCAGUGGCUCCCAGACUCUGGAACUCGCUCCCUUUGAGUUUGAGAUCUGUGGACUCAGUCAUGUCUUUUAAAAAGCAGUUAAAAUCCUUUCUGUUUAAACUCGCUUUUGGUUAAUUUUGUUUUGUUUUGGAUUUUAAUGUCUGUUUUCUGCCUCUGUAAAGCACUUUGUGAUUUUUAUCUUGAAAGGUGCUAUAUAAAUAAAAUUUUACUUUACUUUACUUAGCUUUGAAAGCAACACAAAACUCCCACCUCUACCACAUUUAUCACACCGAGAGCACCCUUCCUGGUGAACACACCAUCUGCGGACAUUGCAGGGCAGCAGUCAUGUGCACGAUGAUGAACGUGAAAACAGCUUUAGCUCUUUCUUGUUUCUGCUGGAUUGCUGUCUCAGGUUCUGAGUUUCAGACCUCAGAGGUGCAGGCAGGUGAAAAUGUCACUCUGCAGUGCACCAAGACUUCCAAAAAUGACGUUACGACUUUCUGGUUCAGACUGGUCAACGGAACCACAGUCAACUCUAUCGCUGUUAUGGCUGCUACAAGUGUUAAGUCCAAUGCUGAAUUGCAAACUGGAAAAUUUGAAAUGACAAAAAACACCUCUGAUGUCUUCCUCAAAAUCAAACAAGUGGAUGUGUCUGACUCUGGGCUGUAUUUCUGUGGAUUUCUCUCAGAGGGACGUCUAAAUUUAAGCGUCAUGCAAUUAAAGGUUGGAGGCAUCGAUGAGCCUCAGGAUGACAUGGACUGCAUCUCCCAACAGGCUCACGAAGUAGCAAAGCUGAUGAGUGUCACCCUGGGUGUUCUGUCUGGUUUCCUCUUAAUGCUCAUCACUGGUCUGGCUGUUCAACAUGGGAAAACAGCUAAAGAACAUGAAAAUACGAAUCCAGAACAAUUUGAGAAUCUGGACCUUGGCACCCUGAAGGAUCCAGCACUGCAAUCAGCAGUAAAAAGACGUGCAACACAAAAGCAACCAGAAACUCAUGUUAUUUAUACUACCAACAGAUAAACUCAUUUCCCUGUUUGACUGGUGCUAGUGCUGCUUCCUGUUUUUAUUUCUAUUUCCUCUAUACUUUCGCCUGCAUCUGCAUCCCAUCAGCCCCUAUUUGUUUUGUUUGCUACAUAGACUGCCUGCCACUGUAUGCAGGAAGCUGCUGUGCACUGUCCUUUAGCAGACAUGAUCAGACACUGUUUUCAGUAUGUGAUUCUAGAUUUUUUGUUGUGUCUACCUCAACCUCGAACCAACAGGAGACAGAGAGCCUGCAGUUGAGAGAGAAGUAAAAUUCAUGUUGUAUAAGCUGUCAGCAGAUAGUAACGUGAUAGUAAAGUUUUAAAAGAAGCUGUGAAACCUGAUCUACUUGUUUUGAUUACAUAAUGUCCAAGAUUGCAGAUUUUUAGAAGAAUAAUUACAAUUAUUUAAUGAAAGUGAUUAAAACUGCAGCCAUGCACCCUUUGAAGACAAAUGUUGCAGGUAACGGAUAAAGUCUGCACCAAAGGAAGAUUUCAGCACUAACAACAAAUAUGAAAUGACUUCAUUGAUUCAAAGAUUAAGAGAGACGUUAUUUACAAAACUUUCCUCUUGCUGGUCUUAUAUGAGUAACGCAAAAAACAAAAAUAAU